AAAACGCAGAGGGGUUCCGAAAAUAAACACAAGUAAGAUAACUCUUGCGCCAUGACUGACAAUGGUGAACUACGAAUUCGCGAUAGAUCGCAAGAUAAAUCUCGGAACGGAUUUGAAAAAAGAGAAAAGAGGAGGAGAAUUCGAAAGCUUCAAGAUGCGAUUCUUCAAAGAGACCAAAUAAAAAUACAGGAAUUACUAGAAGAGGAUUUUGAAGUAGAUUUUCAGUAUAGGGGUCAGACAGCUCUUCAGCUGGCCGUGAAAGAAGGCGAAUACAAAAUAUGUCAGAAACUGAUGGAGAAAGGGGCAAAUGUCAAUGUUUCUGAUGCUCAGAAAAACAGCGUACUGAACACAGCCUGUUGGAAAGGCCUCACAGAUAUUGUAAAAUUACUAGUCAAAAGCGGAGCAGAUCUCAAUGCUCAAAAUGAUCACGAAUCUACCCCACUGUACACCGCAGCUUAUAAAGGGUAUCUGGAUAUUGUCAGUGUCCUAGUGGAUUCACAGUGUGACCUUGACCUUCCGAAUGCUCAAUGUCAAUCCCCGUUACAUGCAGCAGUGAGGAAUGAACAUGUUGGGUGUGUCCAGAGGCUAGUUGAUGCUGGAUGUGACAUAAACUUCAUUGAUACAGAUUUCAAUUCACCUCUCAUGGUGGCAAGUGAAUUAGGUUUCACAGAAGUGGCUAGAAUUCUUCUUGAUAAAGGAGCAAAAGUCAAUUUAAAGAAUAGAUCCAGUGAAACAGCAAUUUUAUUGGCUGCCAAUGAAGGCCAUAGUGAUAUCAUUAAAGAACUGGCCAAUCACAGAGCUGAUGUCAAUUUAACUACAACUAGUGGCAAGGUACCUCUGAUAGAGUCUAUAUCAGGAUCUCAUUGGAACUCAGCCACAGCCCUAAUACAGGCUAGAGCAGAUGUCAACCAAACAGACAAACACAAACAAGCUCCAAUUCAUGCUGCAAUCAGACAAGUGUCUAGUGUGUUUGGUCGGGAGUUUGACCGGCAGGCUAUGGAGAUUGUGAAGGAGUUGAUCAACAGAGGAGCAGAUAUCAAUAAGCAGGACUCCCAGGGCUGGACACCGCUGUAUCAGAGUGCUUAUGCAGGAAACUUAGAGUUAUCUACCCUGUUGUUAGAUCGGAAGGCAGAUGUAAACAUAGCCACCAGCUCCGGCGAUACAGUUUUACAUGCUGGGGUCUAUGGAAACAAUGGCACACUUGUGGAUUUGUUGAUAGCUGCUGGUUGCAGAGUGAAUGAAGUCAACAAGAAAGGGGAAAGUCCCUUGUUUUCAGCAAUUUUGUCGAGAGUCAACAUCAAGAUUAUCAAAGCCUUGAUCAGUGCUGGGAGUAACCUGGAUUUGAAGGAGAAAACCCAGCAACUGACGUCACUCCAUGAAGCCAUAAUUCAACAUUACACAGAAGCUGCCCUCCUCCUCAUUAACUCAGGUUGUGAUGCCAAUGCCAGAAAUGCUAGAGGCCAGACCCCCCUGUACACGGCCUGUGAGAAAGGUAACGUACAGGUGGUAGAGCAGCUCCUGUCCCUCCCCAUGGUCAGUACCAAGGGGACAAAGGCUUCCACCAUCCCCCUCCACAUAGCUACGGUCAACAACUUCUCCCACAUCGUACAACAGCUGAUUGAUGCCAACUGUGACAUACAUGUGAUGAAUGAGAAAGGAUUGACUCCAAUUAUGUCAGCCACAAAUGAGAACAGUACAAGAGUCGCCAAGAUUUUAAUCAAGAAUGGCUGUGACCUCGAAUCCCACUGUAGAGAGAAGAAAUUAAUGGUGUGUUGUCUCCUAUACCAGGACUCUCACCCUCAUUUUGAACUGGAGCCCCUAUUCUUAGCCCUCACUCACAAAAACAUCAAAUUAAUUCAACUGUACUUAAAAUGCUACAGUAAAAGACCAGGGCGUGUUAUCAAACUUUUAUCCAACAUUUUAAGGACUUCGCAGGAAUUAAUGACACACUUUUCUGCUGAGGAGAAAAAGGAAAUUUUGGAGAUUUUUUCAAAAAGUUUGAAGACGCCGCUAUCUUUACAAGAAAUUUGCCGUUGUCAUGUCAGGUUGUUUGUAAGGCAUCCUUUUCUUAAGAAUGUGGAGACAUUGCCUAUAGCUAGUAAAUUGAAAGACUACAUUAGGAUGGAAGAGGUUCUGAACAUCUCCAGUGAAGAUGAUGAUGAGGAAGAACUAAGGAAUGCUGGGAAAUUUACUUUUGUUGGCAGACAUUUGCCUUAUGAGUUGUAAAUACUCACUGUUGUUGAAAAGAGGAUUGAGUCUCUCUAAAACAUGAUUUUUUUGUUUGAAAUCCUUCAUCAGCUUUUUGACUUUGAAUUUUUGGCAUUCAUAUAUUUAUCCGAUAUUUACCCCUUUGUCCUGUGGAUAUUUUUUUGAUAUUCCACAGUUAAGUGUUCUGAUUAGGGAGUGCAUCUAUAUACUGUAAACCAAUUAACUUUCAUUCGCGACGACUUUAUUUUGCGAUUUACUACGGGGUAACUAUAGUUUGCGGCGAUUAAUUUUCGCGAUCAAGCCUUUGAAUCUGUUGUAAAUGGACACAGGGACUAUAAGGACGGGUUCGCGGGCGGGCAAGAAAUAUUCGUGACGAUAAGGCUCUCGCGAACCUCACGAAAAUUUCUCGCACACGAAUAAAAGUUGGUUUACAGUAUCAAAUAUUUGAUACAUAUCGAUAUUUAAGAAUGUAUCAUUUGGAAAAAAUAACUUCUAAUAUGUAUCUGAUAGGCAGAUUUUCUUAUAAUUCUGUGAAAAAGUUAGGAAUUUCAAUCAGCAAACGUUAUAUUUUUCACUGUUUUGAAUUAAAAUUGAUCAAUAAUGUUAUAAUUAUUAAGGAGAUAACACAUCUUAGAUAAAUAUUUUAAAGCACAUACACUUCUUUAUUUAACAUGUUGUUUUCACAGUCAUUAAAAGUUUGAAUUUGAAGUGUGUUUUGAUAUGACACUGAGACAAGAACUUCUAAAAAGGUUAUAAAAAAAAUAGUUUUUUUUAAUAUAAAAUUCAUGCAUUAAAUUAAUUAUAAGACUUUUUUAUAGACUUUUAAAGAAUCCAGUAUAUUGAAUAUAGCUUUAUAAAAUAUUGUAUUCUAUUGUAUCAAUUUUUUUUUGCUCAAUACACAGCCCUAUAAUUGUGAUGUCAUAAUGGUUUUUGCCCUAGCAUGAUGAAGUAAUAUAAAGUGGAGUCCUUUAUAAAAAAAAAGUGUAAAACAUUGAUUUUGAAGUAUUAAACAUGGGAUAAAAAGAAUCUCCAAUGAUUUGUAGUCUAUUAUGACUUUCAUCCAAAUCGUGUGUCGCCAAGGCUCGGGGAUAAAAAAAACACCCUCAAUUCGUUGGAUAAAAAUCAUAUCCUACAAAUCAUGGGAGAUCCUAUAUAUAUACACCACUUUUCAGUGACACUCAUUAUAAUACCAGUAUAUGAAGAUCUUCUGGGAUUUUCUUAAUGUUGGUUGUGAAUGCAUACUAUAAACGUUUACAAGAUAUCAUGCAUAGCAAAAGACAGAUAAAAUUUAGAAAAUUUUUAUAGCAGGAACAAAGAUCUCUGACAUCACAGAAGUUUCUUCUUGAAGUGGAUUACUAUAGUAUAUAUUAUAGAGCAUAAACUUUGGUACAAUUUAAAAAAAAUGAUGGCAAGGAAAAACUUAAAUGCAUGUUAUAGUAUUUUUAUAAUACAUUUUAUUUUAUUUAUUUUUAAUUUUAUUAUUAGUAUUAUUAUUUUUCUAUAAUGUUGAAUAUAGGAAGGAGAAAAAGCCUCUUAGUAUCUCACAGUUCAAUGUAAUUUCCUGAGAAAAUGGUCCUGAAAAAAAAAAUCACAAUUUUUGUUAGGUUAAUAUCUGGCUUUAAUUUUCCAUAAAUCUCUGGUUGAAUUUCUAGCUUUCAAGGCUCAUUUUUUAUGGAAAUUCAGUUAUGUACUUGCUUACAGCUGUUGCUUAUGUUUACUCUGUGGCAUUUUGAUGAUUAAAUACAUUCUACCUGGUA